GGGAGCCGCCGGCCCGGAACGGCCGCGCCCGGCAGCGCUUUCCGGGGAACGGCGGCGCUGCGGGACGGGCGGGCCCGGCGCCGCCAUGGCCGCGUCCCCUGCCCGGCUGCGCCGCUGGGAACGGGAGCAGGCCCGGCUGAGGGCCCGCGUGCUGGAGGAGGACACCGAGCCGUGGCAGAAGGCGCCGCAGUUCUCCGGGCUGCAGAGGGUGGGAGGUGUGGAUCUGUCCUACAUCAAGGGGGACGAGAGCCGUGCCUGCGCCUCCCUGGUCGUGCUCAGCUACCCGGAUCUCGAGGUGCUGUACCAGGACUGCCGCAUGGUGCCCGUCACCGCCCCGUACGUGGCCGGCUUCCUGGCCUUCCGAGAGGUCCCUGUCCUGGUGGAGGCUGUGCAGAGGCUUCAGCAGGAGGAGCCCCGGCUGCAGCCUCAGGUGCUCCUGGUAGAUGGGAAUGGCCUGCUCCAUCCCAGAGGGUUUGGCACGGCCUGUCACCUCGGCGUCCUGACGGACCUGCCGUGCGUCGGCGUGGCCAAGAACCUCCUGCACGUGGAUGGCUUGGUCAGGGACGAGCUGCACAGGGAGCAGGUUCGUUCCAUGCAGAGGUCGGGAGAGGCAUUCCCACUGACAGGCGCCUCGGGGAAGGUCCUGGGCAUGGUGCUGCGGAGCCACGACAAGAGCUCCAGGCCCCUGUACGUGUCCGUGGGCCACCGGGUGAGCCUGGGCACGGCCGUGCGCCUGGUGCGGGCCUGCUGCCUCUUCCGCGUGCCGGAGCCCAUCCGCCAGGCUGACAUCAGGUCCAGGGAGUACCUUCGGAAGCAGCCCUGUGCUGCAGCGGGGGCGCCGGAGGCUGCGCCUGCCAGCCCGCAGAGCAGCAAAAAGGAGGAUGAAUUGGAGGAUUAGUCUGGUGCCAGAAGAAAGUGCAGAGCUUCUCUUCGCCGGGUCCUCUCGUGCACCCAGCCUGAGUGCUGCUGGGUGCAGGAGCCCAGUGCCACCCUGGGGGACAGCUGUGCCAGGCUGUGUCCCAUAGGCCAGCACCGGCCCCUGCUCGGGGAGAAUCCAUGCAGUGAAUUUCUCAGGGUUCAUUUUCAAGUACUGUUAAAAUCUUUGUGUAAGGCUCACGUGUAAGUUGGCAGCACCUCCCUGGAGUCCUCGUGCAGCUGCAGGGGCUGAUUUACAGAGGUGCUGAGGCACUGCCACUGCAGAGCCAGCCCGUGUCUCCCUCUGUGGCACUCUGAGAGCCCUCUCAGGCUUUGGAGCAGCUUCCCCUGUCUCUGCAGCCUGGGCUCUCCCACUCCCCUGCCCGUCCCUGGGGAGCAGCACCCACUGCCCAGCCCCUCUGGAGGAAGGAUCAGCUCAGGGGGAAGGCUGGGAGGAACCAUCUCCCUGCCAGGAGCAUGGGCAGCUCGCUCCUGGCACGCAGAGUGCUGCAUGCUGGAGAUCUGGCCCAGCCCCAGCUCAGCCUGAGGAGCAGAGCCCAGAGCUUCUGUGCCCAGGUCAUCCUCAGCCUCGCCCAGCCUGCAGGACCAGAGCUGCUCCCGAGGUGUGGAUCCCGGCUGAGGCUGGCAGGUGCUUCCUGGCUGUUCUGAGGAGCAGA